GUGAGGUGCAAUCAUCAUGAUGAAGGCUGAGCAAUUCGAGUUGUAUCCGUACUAUUGGAUCUGUCGGUGUCUGGGCAUCUUUUGCAUAGAGUACGAUCCUCGGAGGGCGCGCUUUCGAUUGCAUCGCAGCAUCGUUUGCUAUGCGAUGCAUGUGGCAAUGCAAAUUUACUUGAUCAGUUGUAUGGUGAUCUUGGUGAGUUUUUGGACCUUUUGCUUCAAUAGCGCAAUGACCGCAACGGGCAAUCACUAUGAGCGCUUUGUGCUCUUCUCGGCCAUAGUCAUACAAUUUGUGCAGAAUGCUUGGCUCCUAUGGCUGCAGACGCUGCAAAUAAAUGUUGUGCGGCAAGUGGAGCUAUAUAAGCGAAAAUAUUUGAUGGGCCGACGCCUGAAGCUGCCGCAACGUCUGUUUCUGGUUUUGGUAUUUUUCAAUAUCAUCUACUUUAGCAACUUCCUGAAUGCCUGCUUUACCGAUUGGCUUGCCAACAUAUCGGCUUUGUUCAAAUUCAGCACAAUUGGCUUUCUCUUGCGCGCCCUCACGAGCAGCUUCAUUCAGGGCAUCUAUGUGUCUCUCAUUCAUGUCAUACGACAUUUGCUGAAAGCCAAUCAGGCGCAGUUAACCGCCUUGGUUCAUCAGCUGCAGCAGCCCAAGCGCAGCUGCAGCGCCAUUUUGCGUUUGCGCGCCUGCCUCGAUAUGCACGAUCGUCUGCUUGUCCUCUGCACGGAUGAGGUCAGCGUGGUGUACGGCUUCAGCAUUUGGCUUUGCAUGCUCUUUUCCUCAUUGGACGCAUCGAGCAUAUUAUAUAUCAUAAUGGUCACAGACACGAACAACUCUCUGUGGGAACAUAUAUUCAAGUCGCUAAUUUGGCUCUCACCCACAAUUAUGACAGCGGCUACAGCUCUAUUUAGCGAUACGGUUCAUGUGCAGGCCAAUAAAACCGCCAAAAUACUAGCAAAAAUACCCAGAACUGGAUCUGGACUUGAUAAAAUGGUUGAAAAAUUCUUGCUCAAGAAUUUGCGACAACAGCCCAUACUUACAGCCUAUGGAUUUUUUGCACUCGAUAAAAGCACCCUCUUUAAGCUCUUUACAGCCAUAUUUACAUAUAUGGUAAUAUUGGUGCAGUUCAAGGAGAUGGAAAACUCAACCAAAUCUUUGCAGAAGGCAUAA